AGGCCACUUCCACGCCGCUAUUGGUCUGAAAAUCACAUGACUUGUCUUCCAGCAUCCAUAAUUAUGUUCCUGAUAUUUUUGGACCCCCCUCCAAAAGAUGUCAGCAUCCUACUGUCCUGAUUCUCCUGCAGGAAUCCCGCAUAGUUCAGAGCCGCUGAACACACCAAACGAUCACUGUGGUGCCAAGUGCCAAAAUGUCAUGUCCGAAUAACAUAGCGCCCGGUAACUUCCAAAUGGAUUCCUUAAUGGGAGGAUCAUCUUCCUUCAGGGGUGACGGUUAUUCCAGCAACCCCGGAAUGUACAUCCACACAGCAGCAGCAGAGUACAGAUACUCAGUGAUGAGAAACAUGGGGAAGGUUGGACCGUCUUCACUCUCCAAAAGAGACGAGCUUCCUCCGGGCGGGGAGCCUCUCAGCGGCUUCCAGGAUGCGUCCUACCUGUCCGCACAGCUGCCCACAUGGACCCACGGCUCAAAAUCCGACAGGGACCAACAACCUGUUGCCCAAUGUUUACAACCCUGUUCGUUUCCAGCGGACAACGUCAAAGAGGAGGCGUUUUGUUGCCUCUACCAGGAUGACGGCAAUAAGGGGAAACAACAGACAACAGAGUCAGCCACUUACAUCCGGCUAGGAGACAAUAGCUGCCGGCCUGAGCGGACCUCCGCCUCGUCCAGCGGCUGUUUCCAGGUGUUCAACCGCUCUGAGAAGCCGCAGCAGGACGAACAGCAGCAGCAGCAGUUCCCCUCCGGCUUCUCCCUCGCACACUUGGAGACAUCUGUUGAGUCAGCAUCAGAGGCGACAAUAAGUUGCAGCAAAAAAACAGCGCACGAGACAGCGAGAUUGGUUUCAGAGAGAGAUGAGAGAGUGAGCAGGAAAGAGGAGAAGGCCAGGAGUGACAGCUGUUCAGAUAACUCGGACGGGGAAUCAAAAGAUGAUUUGUCCAAAGGAAAGACGACAGGAAACUGGUUGAAAGCCAAAAGUGGAAGGAAGAAGCGCUGUCCCUACACAAAGCACCAGACGCUGGAGCUGGAGAAGGAGUUCUUGUUCAACAUGUAUCUGUCUCGGGAGCGCCGCCUGGAGAUCAGCCGGAGUAUCAACCUGACCGACAGACAGGUCAAGAUCUGGUUCCAAAACAGACGCAUGAAGCUCAAGAAGCUCAACAGGGAGAGCAGAGAGAGGGGGCACAGUGCGAUUUAUAACUAUCCCUGAACAGAUUUUUUUAUUUAAUUACACAUGCAUUCACACUCACAUUUACAUUUUACACAUUUAAACAUGCACAUACACAUACAUGACACACUCAGAUAAAGACAGCAUGUACCAUCUUAAAAUUUACUGAACUACAUUUCUUGCACGCUCGCACGCACGCACUCACACGCACACACACACACACACACACACACACACACACAAACACACAAACACACAAACACACAAUGUGCCUUUCUUUUAUGAACUCUAAAACCUGCAGAUUAGACUUGAGUUCCUGAUGAACACUUGCAGCAGCAAUGGAACAGUGAGGUGCUAUUACCUUACAUUAAUUAUUGUAAUCUAACAUGAACAAAACGAAAGGAACAGUCUUUAAAUAACUCCUGGCAUGGAAUCAGUUUCACUUUGCUGAGCUAUAAUCAAUGUUUUGCGGCUUCUUCGUUGGUGUUUUGCUGUGGCAUACACGUGUAGCUAAAUGUGCAUGAAGCUAUGAUUCCAAAACAAUAAACGGAGAGGGAAACGGAAA